GCCAGGAGGGGCGGCCCAAGGCGGUGGGAGGCGCCGGCCGAGGAUCCCGACUCUCAGAGCUCCAGCGCGCGGAAGCGAGGGGAACGCCGCGCCCUUCGCAGGCAGAGCGCCCCAGACGCGGACACCCGGCGUGUACACCGCGCCAUGGCGCGCCCCCCGAGCCCGCGACAGCUGCCGCCCGCGCUCCUGCUGCUGCUGCUGCCACUGCUGCUCAGAGCAGGGUACUACCUUCCCACAGAAGGCCGGCUCAUGAACAGCUGUCUCCAGGCCAGGAGGAAGUGCCAGGCCAAUCCCACUUGCAAUGCUACCUACCACUACCUGAGUUCCUGUGCCUCUAGUAGAAGCAUCCCAUCACCUGCAGAGGAGCCUUCAGUCCCCAAGGACUGCAUGGAAGCAGCACAGCAACUCAGGAAUAGCUCUCUGAUGAGCUGCACAUGCCACCGGCGCAUGAAGAACCAAGCUACCUGCCUGGACAUCUACUGGACUGUUCACCCUGCCCGCAGCCUUGGUGACUAUGAGCUGGAUGUCUCCCCCUAUGAAGACACAGUGACCAGAAAACCCUGGAAAAUGAAUCUCAGCAAACUCAGAAUGCUCAAACCAGAUUGGGAUCGCUGCCUCAAGUUCGCCAUACUGUGCACAUUUAAUGAGAAGUGUGACCGGCUGCGCAAGGCCUAUGGGGAGGCUUGCUCGGGGUCCCGCUGUCAGCGCCACAACUGCCAAGGGCAGCUUCGCGCCUUCUUUGAGAAGGCGCCAGAGCCCCAGGCACAGGGCUUGCUGUUCUGCCCGUGCGCACCCACCGACCAGGGCUGUGGGCAGCGCCGGCGCAACACCAUUGCACCCAGCUGCGUGCUACCCUCUGAGGCCACCAACUGCCUGGAGCUGCGUCAACUCUGCCUGUCCCAGCCACUGUGCAGAUCACGCCUGGCAGAUUUUCAGACCCACUGCCAUCCCAUGGACGUCCUGGGGACCUGUGCAACAGAGCACUCCAGAUGUCUGCAAGCGUACAUGGGGCUGAUUGGGACUGCCAUGACUCCCAACUUUGUCAGCAAUGUCAGUGCCAGCAUUGCCUUAAGCUGCACCUGCCGAGGCAGUGGCAACCUGCAGGAGGAGUGCGAACAGCUGGAAGAGUCCUUCUCUCGCAACCCCUGCCUUGCGGAGGCCAUUGCAGCUAAGAUGCGUUUUCACAGCCAGCUCUUCUCCCAGGAUCAGGGCGGGGCAGACUCUGCCUUUUCGGUGAUGGAGCACCAGAACAAAAACCCUGCUCUGAGACCACAGCCCUGGGUGCCCUCUCUUUUCUCCUGUACACUAAUGUUGGUUCUGCGUCCAAGCCUCUGGUAGCUGGACUUCCCUGGGGGCCCUCUUCCCUCACCACCCCCAGCCUGCCCUGCAGUGAGCAGGAAAGGGUGAGGAAAGGGCAGCGUCAGGAAGGAGGCUCAGUAAACAACGUGACAACCUGGCCCCACACCGCACGUCCAGUGGACUCUGGAUGAGGCCACAGUAGAAGCUGACUAGCUUAGUUCCCCAUUCCUUCCACUUCUGACUCAAGCUGCCCCUCCUUAGGACUUUGUGACCAUGGUUUAGCCAUAGUUUAGCCAUAUCUUCUGGUGAUGUCCAGCUCUGCCAAGCUCUCUCCUUAUUCCUUUCUCCUGCUUGCCAAGAUCACCUAGGCGCUAGCAAAUCAGUCAUGCUCUGGUGCAUUCUCCGGGUAGGCAGGGGUGGGUGUUCUGAGGCAGCCUGGAAAGACAUUCCUCAUGGUGAGGAGAGCUGAAGAAAGACACCUGGCCCCUUGUCUCUUCCUCUGAAUGGGGGUUGGGAACCUACAGCCUGCCCUGCCCAGGGAUCCUGCAGAGCAUUUGGGCAUCAGGAGCUGGAGCAUUUGGUCUUUGCUUUCUUCCUCCCACUGUCCCAAAGUCCCCCUAGCCUCUUGGUUCAUAAUUAAACAUUUUGACUUCAAA